UCUCCUCCCAUAAUCUCUUGGAUUUUUUCUAUUAUUGAUUUGGUGUCACAUGUUCAAUAAUGCUGCUCACAUAAUUAUAAAUGCUGAAAUCAAACUUGGUCCUUAAUGAUGAGGCCCACUUUUGCCCCGGUUCGUGAUGACUGUUUGAAAGCUGAAUGGUUUUUGAUCGUUUUCAUUCAGUCUAGCUGACUUAUUUCCCCUCAAAGACAAACCUGUUGUACAAUAAUUACAUGUCCGGUAAAGGUAAACCCUUACAUUUAAAAGCGUAAACACCCAUGGCUAUCCUUUCCAGCGGGAUAAUGUGACACAUUCUCAUGUUUUUCUAAUAUUUGCAUUGUAACAUGCAAAGCUGCGCUAAUUGUUUUUAUGGUAAUACGUUUCUCACAACCAAACAUUGUUUGUUCUCUUGAAGAAAAGCCGUGUGUUUGUAUUGGAUGCUGUAGCUUUUGUCUCCUUUGUUUCGUUUCGGCAGCCACCAACACUCCUUUAUGGUUUGGACAACCCACUCUCUCUUCGCUGCCUGUCCGACUUACCACCUGACAGGAUCGCUCGUGGAGGACGACGACGCUCACAUGAAAGUGGCUUUGGGCUACGGUGAAAUGGGCGUCUCUGCUCAUCUUCAGGCAUCGAAAACUGGAAACACUCGAUUUUUCACAAGCAAUACACACAGCUCUGUGGUUCUUCAGGGAUUUGACCAGUUAAGAAUAGAGGGUUUGCUGUGUGAUGUGACGCUGGUUGCUGGUGAUGGAGAUGAAGCUUUCCCUGUGCAUCGUGCAAUGAUGGCCUCCUCCUCUGACUACUUCAAAGCCAUGUUCACAGGCGGAAUGAAGGAACAGGAUUUAAUGUGCAUCAAGCUUCACGGCGUGAACCGAAUAGGCCUGAAGAAGAUCAUAGACUUCAUCUACACAGCAAAGUUGUCUCUCAACAUGGAGAAUCUACAAGACACACUUGAGGCGGCCAGUUUCUUACAAAUUCUUCCUGUGUUGGACUUUUGCAAAGUCUUUCUUAUUUCUGGGGUUUCUCUUGACAACUGCGUAGAGGUGGGGCGUAUCGCUAACACCUACAACCUAACGGAGGUAGACAAAUACGUCAACAACUUCAUCCUGAAGAACUUUCCCUCUUUGUUGGGCACAGGGGAGUUUGUCAAGCUACCAUUUGAGCGUCUGGCUUUCGUACUGUCCAGUAACAGCUUGAAACAUUGCACUGAGUUGGACCUGUUCAAGUCUGCGUGUCGCUGGCUGCGCUAUGAAGAUGGCCGUAUGGACUAUGCCUCAAAGCUCAUGAAGAAUAUUCGUUUUCCUCUCAUGAACCCGCAGGAACUCAUAAACCACGUUCAAACUGUGGACUUUAUGCGCACAGACAACACGUGUGUCAACCUUCUUCUGGAAGCUAGCAACUACCAAAUGAUGCCCUAUAUGCAGCCUGUCAUGCAGUCGGAACGGACAGCUAUUCGCUCAGACAGUGCCCACCUGGUCACUCUGGGUGGAGUUCUGCGCCAGCAGCUGGUUGUUAGUAAGGAGCUGCGCCUCUUUGAUGAGAAGGCUCACGAGUGGAAGGCGCUGGCACCCAUGGAUGCACCUCGCUACCAGCAUGGCAUCGCAGUCAUCGGUAACUUUCUCUACGUUGUGGGUGGUCAAAGCAACUAUGACACCAAAGGCAAAACAGCCGUGGACACGGUGUUCCGGUACGACCCUCGCUACAACAAGUGGAUCCAGGUGGCAUGCCUUAAUGAGAAACGCACCUUCUUCCACCUCAGUGCUCUAAAAGGACACUUGUAUGCUGUUGGAGGGAGGAACGCUGCUGGGGAGCUCGCUACUGUGGAGUGCUACAACCCAAGGACUAAUGAAUGGACGUAUGUUGCCAAAAUGAAUGAGCCACAUUACGGCCAUGCUGGAACCGUGUACGGUGGUUACAUGUAUAUUUCAGGGGGAAUCACUCAUGACACGUUCCAGAAGGAGCUGAUGUGCUUUGACCCAGAUGCGGAUAAAUGGACUCAGAAAGCACCCAUGACGACCGUGCGUGGCCUUCACUGCAUGUGCACGGUGGGCGAUCGUCUCUACGUGAUCGGGGGGAAUCACUUCCGAGGCACGAGCGACUACGACGACGUGCUCAGCUGCGAAUACUACUCCCCCGCCCUCGACUUGUGGACUCCUAUCGCGGCCAUGUUGCGAGGUCAGAGCGACGUGGGCGUGGCCGUGUUUGAGAAUAAGAUCUACGUGGUGGGCGGCUACUCGUGGAACAAUCGCUGCAUGGUGGAAAUCGUACAGAAAUACGACCCGGAGAAGGAUGAAUGGCAGAAGGUUUUUGACUUGCCCGAGUCGCUAGGCGGGAUCCGAGCCUGCACACUCACAGUUUUCCCCCCUGAGGAUAUCUUGGGCUCGCCCUCCAGAGAGUCCCCGCUGUCAGCACCUUGAUGAGUACUGGGGGGGUGGCCCUACUUUGCUCAAACCCCCUUAAUCCCAUCUCUAAGCUCCUCAGUAAACACAUCUGAUAGACAUUGUUUGCACUUCUCUGGACUACGUCCGUACCGCAUCCCCGAGUCCUCGUCCCCUACAGCUGUGCAGACCCCCCCUCCUGAGUGAUUAACUUACAUAGCGACAUGUUUUGGCAACCUAAUUACAUGUUACCGUAUAUUUUGGCAGGAAAUACCUUUUACUUGAAACUUGACUUUGCAAAUCAACUUUUCUACCUGAUGUCCAGUUUUCUUACGCCACAUUUCCUCUGGUGUUCUACCCAACGAUGUUACCACGUGACUGCUCUUCUAGUCUAUGCCAGGUGAUCCCACAGAAGAGGCGCGCGGUGACGAUCGAGCCCUGGAACUGAUGGUUUUAACUCAGGGGUUGGACCGGGCCCCCUUCUGCGUCCCUUACAGAUUCAGUUUGUUUUCCUGCUGUUGGUAUGAAACUGUUAACAAAAUGGUGUUUUUUAAAUUUAAUAAACAGAAUUUUGAAAAUA